UGAAUGAAUAGCCAGGUAAUCAUUCCUUCAACUUGCUUUCGAUGAUUGCGGUUAAUGAAACCUUGGUGACGUCAAUUUUGGAACCAUGACAUACGAGAAAUUGCCUUCGAGGCUCUUACUCUUAGCCAGAAGCUGAGCCACAAGGUUGUGGGAGCCACCCGCCACGCGAUCUAGCGAGAUCGGCCCCCGACAUCCAGCAAGCCUAAUUUAGCCGCUAACUCGUAGCCGCUUUGAGGACAAGCAGAUCUCGGAAGCAUGGAACCCAGCCGAAAGCAGUGCGACUGCAUGUUUUGCCCGGAGUGCAAGAAUAUUAUAAGCGCCAAGGUGCGACUAUGGCUGCAGGAGCAGCCGGUCCAGGCUGAAGUCGAGGAGCAGGAGCGGAAGUUCGAAGCAGCCGGAGAAGCCGGCUUUUCUUGCGCCCCUCGUCUCGCGGCUAAAUGCUCGGGCGCUGUCGAAGAGGUUCAUGCUUACGCACGUCGCCUUCUCGAAUGUAAAAUGGACAGCAUUGAGUCGACAGAAAGCGGCUCCCGAACCGACACGUCCAUCGUGGGCUGCGGCCGCAGCAGUUCCGGAGAAUCCAUUGCCCAGGAGAGGGAGUCCGCCAGCUUCCAAGCGGAUGACGAAGCUUUACCAAUGGAUGCAGAGUCAGGCCCAUCUGAAGCUGCCGAUUCUAGAAGUACUGACACGCCCCGUGACGGUCCAUGAAGAGUUUCAGGAGCAACAAGUAUUACGCUUCGACGAGCUUCCGCUGCACCACUGCUGUAUCUAUGUAUUCGCCCUUUCCCCCAAGCCCAGAG